UCAUAUUGAUAUUGAUUUACACUGAAAUAUUUAAAGCCUAGAUCGGCAUCAUCAUCGUGUUCCUCUGUCUUCUCCGCAAUCGCAACCCUAAAUUCAGAUCAGAUCUCACAUCCUCCUCCAUCCAUGGCCAUGGCGUCGAGAAAGCAUCGCAGUCGUGAAAUGCUCUUCGACUCCGUCAUCGCCCUCGUCAUCAUCCUCGUCGCCUGCGUCGAUUUCUGCGACGGCGCCACCGUCGUGGACGUCUACCGCCUCAUCCAGUACGACAUGUCCGGCGUUCCCUUCGGAUCUCGCCUUGCUAGCCUCAACCACCACGCUGCUUCUCUCCACUUCUCACCGCACGCCGAUCUCUCUCGCACUGUCCUCCUCAUACCUCUCCGUGAACUCAACAUGUCCUUCGUCCAAGAAUAUAUUGCUGAAAGCAAGCCUCUAGGGGGUUUAAUAUUUUUGCUGCCCCAGAUGUUUCGUUUUGAAAACAAAGGUGGCACGAGAGGUAGUCAUCAAGAUGGGAGUAAAGAGCUGCUGAAGAAUGCGUUGGAUGAACUUGAACAAAGACUUAUACACACCAACUUACCUUAUCCUGUUUAUUUUGCUUUUGAGGACGAUCACAUUGAUGCUGUGUUGACUGAUAUCAAGAAAAAUGAUGCCACUGGUCAACCUGCUACUGCAACUACUGGCGGAUACAAAUUUGUUGUUUCAGCUCUGGAACCAAAGAAAGUUGCAUCUCCACCCAUUACUAAUAUUCAGGGAUGGUUGGCAGGAUUGAAGACAGAUGAUGAUGCUCAUCAGUUACCCACCAUUGCGAUAGUGGCAUCAUAUGACACCUUUGGGGCUGCUCCUGCACUAUCAAUGGGAAGCGAUAGUAAUGGAAGUGGUAUUGUGGCUCUUCUUGAAGUAGCUAGGUUGUUUUCUCUCUUAUAUUCUAAUCCAAAGACACGAGGACAGUACAAUCUACUGUUCGGGCUAACAUCUGGUGGGCCAUACAACUACAAUGGAACAUUUAAGUGGCUUCGGAGCUUUGAUCAACGUCUACGUGAGAGCAUUGACUAUGCUAUUUGCUUAGAUAGUAUCGGCUCAUGGGAAAAUGAUCUGUGGAUUCAUGUAUCCAAGCCUCCAGAAAAUGCCUAUAUUAAGCAAAUUCAUGAAGAUUUUUCAACUGUUGCAGGAGAGUUAGGCUUUAACGUGAAUCUGAAGCAUAAGAAAAUAAACAUUUCUAAUCCCCGAGUAGCUUGGGAACAUGAACAAUUUUCAAGGCUGAGAGUUACUGCUGCUACCCUCUCUGAACUUUCUACUGCACCUGAAUUGCUAGAAAGGACUGGUGGUUUGGUUGACAGCAGGCAUUUUGUCAAUGAGGAUGCAGUUGUCAGAAGUGUGAAGUUGAUUGCGGAGAGUCUUGCGAGACAUAUUUAUGGACAUCGAGGAAAGAACAUCAAUAUCUUUGCAGACAACAGUAACUUGGCUGUUAAUCCUUCUUAUGUUAGAUCAUGGUUAGAUGUUUUGUCCCAAACACCUCGAGUGGCACCAUUUUUCUCCAAAGAUGAUCCUUUAGUCAUGGCACUGAAAAAGGAAUUAGAAGAUCAUACUGAUGAAGUAAAUCUUCAACGAGAAGUGCUAGAUGGGGUGUUCACUUUCUACGAUUCAACUAGGGCAAAGCUGAACAUUUAUCAGGUUGCGAGCGUUGCUUUUGACUUGUUGUUGCUUAUAGUAUUGGGGUCGUACUUGAUUGUGCUCUUCACUUUCUUGUUCAUCACAACUAGGGGUCUUGAUGAUCUAAUCAGUUUGUUUCGGCGGCCUCCUUCUAGAAAAGUGAAAACUGCAUAGUGACAGGCAGGAUUUCGCUCUGAGGUUUAGUUCAGAAGUUUUAAUUUUGAAGGAAAAAGUAGUGUCUUAGGGUGAAAGUUCGUAAGGAAAAUCUCUGUAGCGGAUCGGAUUUCAUUCUUCAUUUGGUUUAAGUUGGUCGCUUUAGUGGUUAAGAACAGUAAAUGUUCAUUUUUGGCUGCUUUAAAUUAAGGACGCCAAAAUUUUGACAGUCUUUUUUUCCCGCUUAUUUGGCGCGAUUUUGUAGAUAGAAAGAAUGGUUGCUAGAGCAUGCAUGUGAACUAAUCUGACCACGGGUUGCUAUAAGCUGAGGCUUCUGGGUACUUGGAUCGGGCUCAAUAAAAAAGAUUGAUUCAGUUAA